AUGGAUCCCAUCAAGUAUAUCAUUGAGAAGCCAGCUCUCACUAGAAGAAUCUCUUGUUGGCCGAUGUUGUUAUAUGAAUACGACAUCCAAUAUGUUACUCAGAAGGCGAUAAAAGGAAGUGUGUUAUCAGAAUAUCUUGACCACCAACCAGUGGAAGAUUAUCAACCUAUGUGGUUUGAAUUUCCUAAUGAAGACAUCAUGGUUCUAAAUGACGAGAAGGUCAUAGGCGGUGAGGAAGGGCCUGAACCAAGAGCUCGAUGGAAGCUCACAUUUGAUGGCGCCUCAAAUGCAAUGGGGCAUGAAAUUGGAGUUGUCUUAAUCUCUCCAAGGAAUGGUUAUACUCCCUUCACAUCAAGGUUGUGUCUCGAUUGCACAAACAUUAUGGCAGAAUACAAAGCAUGUAUCAUGGGCAUCGAAGCUGCUAUGAACCUAAGGAUUAAACACGUAGAGGUGUAUGAGGACCCUGCAUUAGUCAUUUAUCAAGUAAAAGGAUAA